AUGGCGAAUGUGAACCUGAUUGGAGAUUUCUACGGAGGUCCUGGCACUGGUGCCCUCGGCGGCCCGCCCUCGGGACACAAUUACAAGCGCGCUGUCCACCGCGCUCCGCCCAAAGAGUUCACAGUAGAUGUGCUUACACCCACCAAGUUCGGCACCGGGUACUGCUAUGGCAUGCGCGUUAUCUCACUCAACAAUGAAGGGUCCGACGCUCGCUCGACGAAGUCCAGUGCAUCUUUCUCGGAUUACGAGGUGUGGAGGAGAUGGGAGGACUGCCUGUGGUUCCAGGAGAUCCUCGAGACGGAAUACUCUCUCAUGGCGCGUCAGAAACGCGCGCGAUUAGCGGCGGGGAAGGGUGUGAAGAAGAACGGGGUCUACAUCCACUCGGACCAGGCAGCGUCUUUCGAGUCGCUUCCUCCAGGCCCGGACGCGAACAUGAUUGCAAAGGACAUCCACGACCUCAUUCCGCGGCUCACGAAGAAGGGAACGCUCUUCCGUGCGAGCCAGGCGACGAUCGAGCAGCGUGGACGGGAGUUCGAGACCCUCAUCACCGCGCUCUUCCAAGAUGACCUGCCAACACUCGUGAAGGAGUUGCGCGAGACGCGGCUAUGCCGCGACUUCUUCGGCUACUGGCGACGCGACCUCGAUCACGACCGCAAGCUGGGGAAAGCGCGGCCGACUUCCAGCGCAGGCACAGCGAGUGUGCGCAACUCCGUUGCGAGUAGUGCGUUCUCGAUGUACUUCUCCGCGUCCAACAUUUCGCUGCACCAACCCAACGCCUUCUCCGACCUUCCCCCAAGCCCGGCCCUCCCCGCUUUCCAUAAUGUGUCGCGCCCCAACUCCAUGCUGAGGGAUGAUCCACCACGUCGAGGCACCCCUAGGCAGACCUCUGUGAACUACGCUACCUCCGACUCCUCUGCUUCGACGGAGAGCACUUCUAGCUUGUCUCGCAGUCCGCAGUCACCAGUAUCGGCACCCUACGAUAUGACAUUCUUCGUAUCGGACCGCGGCUCGCUCGCCUUAACCGUUCCGGAGGAUCACACGCAAGUGGAGUACGCAGCUCUUCCUCUUUCUGCACCCGCAGGCGUGCAACACACUCCGUGGGGGCCAGCCUCGUCUCGUCCUUUCCCUGCGGACGCCGACCGGGAGUUGCUGCAUGACGCUAUCUAUGCUCCCAGUGGCAGCAAGGCUUGGCCCGAAGCACCCCCAUCCGCCGACUUCCACCGUAGCUUGCAGGCCCUUCCUGAGGAUAGCGAACUUGUGCCCUCGUCAUCCACACUACACCACUCCGCCAUCGAAGAAGUUCCUCGUGUUCCGAUUCGGCGACAGCGCAACAAUUCAUGUCCCGACCCAACCAACCGCAACUGCGUCGUGUUCCUCCCGGAUGGCCCACGUAGUGCUGAUGCAACACAUAGCGAGUUUGCCCAAGCUGAUAAGCUCGUUGUCGACACCCGCCAUAUCCAUGACGAGCAGGGACACCCGGAGUCACCGCGAGACCCGCGAACCCCGACGACGGUCACAAACUCCUCACGGACAUCCUCGAUGACAUUCUCGAACUUCUCUGCAGACAUGUCGCGGCGGUCGUCAUGGCGCACCUCCAUGGCGUCCGAUGCGAGCUACGCACCCAGUUUCACAUCCAGCUUCGCGAAUGGCUCUUGCGCGGAGUACGCCCGCCCGCGCAUCGCCUCGCCAGAAUCGCGUUACUCCGUCGCGUCCGCCGUCUCAAUCCCGGAAUCUCGGCGAGAUGGACGCGACACGGCGAUGGCCCACCACCACCAACAUCGCGAGUCGGUCACCACGAUUGGUUCGAUGCUAUCCGACUUCUCUAUCGACUCGUCCAUCCUCCCGCGCAGCCUGACACCACCACUCGGCGGGAAUCUGCGACGGUCAUUGUCUGCCGGGUCGCGCCGCGCGCCCGGCGUGCAUGGGUCGGAGGAGUACUGGUACGAGCAGCAGGACGAUCUCAUUGACGCGUACUUCUACGAUCCGGGGAUCCAUGCGCCUACAGUGCGCCCCGAGGAGCCGCCGCACACACCCCCGCGGAAGCAACCCCAGGAGCUGUUCCACCAAGAGCCGUUCCACCAGGAGGCCGCUUCGCCCGACCGGUUUCCCAAGCCGUUCCGCGACCGGCCCGCGGGUCAGUUUCACCUCCCGUGGUCCCCGCAGGACUCCUCAGACUCCUCGCGCCCAUCUACGCCCAUGUCCCCCACAUCCCCAUCGGCGAGCCAUGCGCAGCCUGCCCCGGCGAGUGCAGGCCCUCCGGCGAGCAACUAUAGCCCCACUGUAACGGAGACCGUCACUCUAAAGGCGGUACUGUCCGACAGCAUUGUGCUGCUGCGCAUCGCGCGCGGCGCGUCGCUGCAAGAUACCCGCGCACGCCUGCACGACAAGUUCGCGGUGCAGGAAGGCCUGAAGCUCCUGCCGUCCUUCGUUAUCGGGUGGGCGCCGCCGGCACCGCCCAAGGCGGGCGGCUUGCUCGCGCUGCGCGGGCGGCCGCGCUCGAACUCGGCGUCGAGCGUGGGCUCGCUCAGCCCCCAGUCGCUGCGGUACGUGUACACGGAGCAGGACUGGCAGGCCGCGCUCGCCGCAUGCGCGAGCGGAAAGAUGACCGUGCGUCUCUUCAACGCCCAACCCAUCUGA